AUGCGACAACUGCUGUAUAGCGAAUUCAUCGUAAAUGCAUACAAAUGGGAGAGCUUUGAUAACAUCUACCUCGACCUCUCCAAACAGCACGGCAAGUGCAAGCUCGCAGAAUCCGGUCUGGGAUGGAAGCCCUCCGGAGGAGGUGAAACUUUCACGCUCGACAGCAGCAACAUCGGCGCGGCCCAGUGGAGCCGUGCGGCGAAGGGAUAUGAGCUGAAAAUCCUGUCGCGCUCCUCCGGAGUCAUCCAACUGGAUGGAUUCGAUCAAGAGGACUUCGAACGUGUGAGCAAAGCGUUUAAGAUCUGGUACGGCAUCAACUUGGAUAACAGAGAGCACGCUCUCCGCGGCUGGAACUGGGGCAAGGCGGAAUUCACGAAAGCAGAGCUCUCCUUCAACGUGCAGAACCGACCGGCCUUCGAGAUCCCUUACUCCGAGAUCUCGAACACGAAUUUGGCGGGAAAGAACGAGGUCGCCGUGGAGUUCGCCCUCGGAGGCGAUGGCAAUGCGCCUGCGCAGCCCAGCGGCAGCACAAAGAGUCGCGGUCGGAAAGCCGCCGCGGGUCCGGACGAGCUGGUCGAGAUGCGGUUCUACAUUCCCGGAACGGCAGUGAAGACGGAAAAGGGCAUCAAGGAGGAGAACGCGGACGAUGAGAAUGCGGAUGGCGAGCAAGAGGAGGGCGAGGAGCAGAAUGCAGCGAACCUGUUCUACGAGACACUGAUGGAGAAGGCUGAGAUUGGAGACGUGGCGGGUGACACUUUUGCCACUUUCUUGGAUGUGCUACACUUGACGCCCAGAGGUCGUUUCGAUAUCGACAUGUACGAGUCCUCCUUCCGGUUGCGUGGUAAGACAUACGACUACAAGAUUCAGUACGCAUCUAUCAAGAAGUUUUUCUUGCUUCCGAAGAACGAUGAUACCCACACAUUGAUCGUCCUGGGCCUGGAGCCUCCGCUACGGCAGGGUCAGACUCGCUACCCUUUCUUGGUUAUGCAGUUGAAGCUUGAUGAAGAGAUCAGCUUGGAGCUCAAUAUGACAGAUGAGCUCAUGGAGACACGCUACAAGGACAAGUUGGAACCUCGUUACGAGGAGCCAAUCCACCAGGUGGUCACCAAGAUCUUCCGCGGGCUCUCGGGCAAGAAGGUCAUCAUGCCAUCGAAGGAUUUCGUCAGUCACCACGGUCACAGCGGAGUCAAGUGCUCGAUCAAGGCCAACGAAGGCCUUUUGUACUUCUUGGAUAAGAGCUUGAUCUUCGUUCCCAAGCCCGCCACGUACAUUCAACUCGAGAAUGUUGCCGUGGUCACUAUGUCUCGUGUUGGCGGUGCAAUCUCAGCCAGUAGAACGUUCGAUAUCACAGUCAGCCUGAAGGCUGGCCUGGGCGAGCACCAAUUCAGCAACAUCAACCGUGAGGAGCAACAACCACUUGAGGAGUUUUUCAAGGCCAAGAACAUCCGCCUUAAGAACGAGAUGUCCGAUGACACCUCCGCUCUUAUUGCUGCGGCUCUUGACAACGAAGACAUGGGCUCCAGCGAUGAUGAUGCUGGUGGCGCUGACCGUGGCUCGGCCGACGAAGACGAUGAGUCCCCCGAUGAGGAUUUCGAGGCCGAGUCGGACUCCGAUGUCGCGGAAGAAUAUGAUUCUGCGCACGAGAGCAGCGGCAGCGACAGCGAUGCGCAGAUGGAUGAUGCAUCCGACGGUGGGGAUGAUGAUGAGGAUGUUGAGAUGUCAGAAGGCGAACGGCCGAAGAAGAAGUCGAAGGUCGGCAAAUAA